AUGCGAUUAUCGAAGUCAUGUGAGACUGACAGAGACGUUUGUUCAGGAAAUUUCACAAUCAAAGCACUGCGUUGGUGGCAUAAAAUUGCAGGAGUUUCCCACUUGAUGAUUUGUUUUUCUCCUCUGGUGGACAGUUUCUUGAAAACAAAGCUGAGUAAAGACCGUCGAGAAGCACCUCCUCUGCCCCUGUGGGUGAUUUUUCGGUGGGAGCGUAGGAUCCUACAAGGGGCCUCCACUACAUACGAAGUGAUGAUGCUUGGAGCCUUUCUUUUGAUAACCUGGGCAGGUCUUCGUUUCGCUGAUGCACAGCGUUUGAACAUUGAUUCAUUGGUCUUCAAUUUUCAGGAACUCCGUGGCUUGGUAUGGCGAUCCAAGACAAUGGCUGCAGGACACCCCUUCGGUGCACAAGCGGCAGGACUUUGCAGCAAAGGGACAUACACAUGGUUAUUUAAGUUUUUGCAGACUUGGGACCAGGUGAUGACAUCACUACAAUUACAACGAUCCAAGGUGGAUUUCUUGAUCCCAUCCAUGGAGCCAGAUGGAACUUUUCAGGUUUUCGAGCCACUGAACUACGCGGAGACCACACGCAUUUUUCGUGCGAUGCUGUUGACCCCAUGGAAGAAGUUUCAGGAUCAACAUCCACUGGCUCAUUUACAACAAACAUAUACUCUCCACUCCAUGAAAGCCACUCUUUUGAGUUUUGGCCCGCAAUUGGGAUCCCUGGUCAGCGACUCAGACCGAUUACUGCAGGGUCACCACCAAGACCCCAAGCAUUCAUUGAAUUUGUAUGGAAGAGACAGCGUUUGGGGCUCCUUACGAUAUCAAUCGACGAUCAUUAUGGAGAUACAGAAAGGCUGGCGUCCCAAGACAGCCCAACACAGGGGAGGACAAUUUCCUCUGACAGAACCGACUGUUGAACAACUGGACUCCGAUACUGAGUCCUCCAGCGAUAGCAGCCAGGGCGAUAGUUCCAGUUCAGAAGAGUUGGAGCCAAACGCAAACAAAAAAGCUUUGGUGCCAGACCCCUGUCAGGCCGAUGAAGCCACUUUUGCAAAGCACAGGAAAGUCACUCAUGCGAUG